AUGCUGAGGUGCGCACUGGCAAGACAGCUAUCGACGGCGCGCGGACUGCUGCAGUCGUCCGUGAAGGAAGGCACGGCGCUCAACAUCAACGUGUUCAAGACGGGCAAGUCGCCCGUCGCUUUGAAGGACGAGGAGUACCCAGCCUGGCUGUGGCGGGUGCUGGACAAGGAGGCCCAGGAGGCCGAGCUGAAGACGGCCGACCCGUUCAAGUACAUGCGCAAACAGGCCAAGAAGGUGCACAAACAGAAACUCAAGCACAACAACUUCCUUGCCGCGCUCAAGAAGUAG